AUGGACGUCGUCGAGACAGAAACCGAUGGGCCUGAUCCCAUGGAACUCCUUUACGUUAAGCGUGAGGGUCACAAGCGCAAGAGCUUUACACGCUAUCGACUCCAAGAGACACUAAUGCUCAUGGGCUGCCGACCAAAAGAUGCGGUUACCGUGACACAGGAAGUUUUUACGGUAUUUCAACAGUAUCGAUCACCAAAAGAAGACAAGGACCGCAAUGGGGUAUUUACUACCAAUCAGAAUGAAGAACAAGAAGAAAAAAUGCCCGUGACACUUGAUUGGCAUGUCUUACAUUCUAGUAUCUAUUCGUCAUUGGCACGAUUGGAUUAUGUAAAGCCACAUCAUUUACUGGACUUUGAAGUCGCCGAGGAAAUUACACAGAGAAAUCAAAGCUUUGCAGUCUUAUUAGGAGGAACAUCAGGCACUGGAAAAUCAACAUUGGCGUCAUUAUUAGCUGCAAGAUUGAGAUUGACGACGGUUUUACCUACUGAUUCAGUACGUCAUGUAUUGCGUUCCUUUACGUCAAAAGAGGAGAAACCAUGUGCUUUUGUGUCGACCUAUCAAGCUGGAGAGGCUUUGUCACCCGAGAUGAUCGCAGCAAUUCAAGGAGAUCGAGACGAGAUCUCGACUGCGAGAUUGCACAAGAAAAUGGUGCUAAAGGGCUACAAAAUGCAGUCUGAUUUAGUGCUGGAAAAACUUGAUCAAGUACUGACGAUGUUUGAAGAGCGCAAACAAUCGUUGGUUGUGGAAGGCGUGCAUUUGAAUACGGACGAUUUGUUGACGCUUGUGAAAAAGCACCCGACUUGUGUACCGUUCGUGAUUUACAUUAGCAAUGAAAACAAACACCGUGAGCGUUUUGCUGUACGCGCGCGUCAUAUGACGAUUGAUCCACAGGAGAACAAGUACAUUAAACAUUUUGAUAACAUUCGCAUCAUUCAGCGCCAUCUUUGCAAACACGCAGAUCGGUGUCUUAUUCCCAAGAUUGAUAACACGAACGUUGACCGCAGUAUUGCUACGAUUCAGAGCACGUUGGUACGAGUACUGCGGAAACUAGAUCGCGGCGAAAAACUCGAGGACGACAAGAUUGGCAAAUUCGUUAUGCUUUCGCGUGAACACGAAAAUUCCAUCAAAAAAGCUUGGUCAAGUAAGGGUGUGCGCAAGGCCAUGCGCCCGCUUCUCAAACAAAAGGUUUCGAAACGGUUGCUACUUCGUCGGCUGCUUGCUGAACAGACCAUGGAUAUGUUUGGAGCUCCUGGCCCCAACCAAGGCGAAGACUCGUCAAGCAGUGAAGAGGAGGAAGAGGAAGACGCUGGUCGUGAGGCUGAUGAUGAAAGAAACGGUGAUGAAGACGAUGAAGACGAGCAGACGACUGUUGUGGGCAGUCUACUUAGCGUUACGAACACGCAAGAUCAUUCGGCUACCGCAGAGCACGCGUCGGCAAUGCCCUCUCGAGGGCAACCGACUCCAACGCGUUUGGCCGCCCAGAAACGAAUGUUUUUGGAUGAGAUUGAGGAGCACGCGGGUGGCACGAGCGAUCAUGCCAGGUCGCUGCACUCGCUUUCACAGGCUGUUCGUCAAGCUGCUGUCUGGCGCGCAAGUCAACCACUGACGAAAUACACUGAUUGGGAAUCUCAUGUCCCACUGCCCAGCCCAGAAGCCACUUUUUCGGAUGUCAUGGAAAACAUGCCAGGUUUUGCAGCAGCAUUGGAAAAAGGGAAGCGACCGUCAUUAUGUUUUGAAGAUCGACGAAGGUCAUGGAUGGCUGGAGAUCGACGCACCGAUGCGUCAAAGAGCCUUGCGGCUCAAAUGAGCACAAGCCGAACUCCACCUCCAAAUGCCGCUCGUCGGUUCAAGGCGUUCAUAGAAAGCCAGCGCAUUGAAGGAGAGGUCCAAUUGCAAUUGCAGCGCACGCAGCAACAGCUCCAGCAGCAGGUGCUACCGGUGAGUCAUCAACUACCGCCUAUAGGAAGGCGGAAAAAGGCGAUUGCUCGACGAGUGCAAUCUCUUCCCCAGGAGCAACUGCAGGAUAGCUCCAGCAGCUUGGAUUUUGACUUUGACAGUGUGUCCGUGACGGAUGUCAAUGAAUAUAUCGACCAUGUAUCGCAGACGUCGUCCCCGCGUGAUGAAUGUGUCUCGCCACUGGAGCACAGCUAUGACGAUACCGAUAGCCACUUUGAGGUCAGCUCACAAAGCUCUGUGGAGUGA